UUGAACGGUACCAUUUCUUGUACGCGACCUAAGUACCACCAAUCAAUCCUACAUGCCAAUAGGAGUUUGUAGUGUGUGUGUGUCUGUUGAUCGACUUAUCGUUCGUUAUAAUAAGUUUUAGACGGUGUUAGGUCUUCAGUAGUCCGGACUUUACUUUUGUUACUGUCUGUCCGGUAUGAAGUAGUGGUCGUGGGUUGUCUCGUCUUCAUGGGCUUUUCGCCAAAUAAUAAAAAGUACAUUUCUCUCCACACCACACACUUGGUAUUACGGACUGUACCAUCUAUCUUACAAAAACGUCUCAACAAUUUGCCGGGUCGUAUUUGAAAUCCAAGGCCGCACAAGGACGUCUAUCGACCGCUAUUUAAUCGCUCUUCGGGAGUACAAUUAAUUAAUUGACUGUAUCGCUGAUUGGAACUUCUAAUAGAAGAAAUGGAGUUGUCCCAAACAAAACUACUAUUUUUAAUUUACGUAGUUUCGACUGUUAUUAUGGCAUCCCCAACGCGUCCAACUUCCUCGGAAGAUAAGGAAAGCAGGCAGCAAAAAUCGUUAUCACUAUUGGAUUUAUUUCAAAAUCUUGAUGACAACAAUUUAUUAAAGACAAGCGUUUUUCCAAGUAUACAAGAAACCAAUUUGAACGAAAAAGAAAUCCCUGAUAAUCCAUUCAAUUCCCCUAUUUAUUACAUCCGGUUACCCCCCCAUCCUUAUAUGUUCGUUCCAGGUUUGGGAUACGUCUCUCAGCCAGCUCCCCCACCAACCCCAAUCUCUCAAUUUGUUAAUUUGCCCGUUAAUUUUCUUGCAAACGGAAAACCGACCGCGAUUUAUCAAUGGAGCGGGGCAAUUGACCCGUUCCAGGACAUCGCCCCACUACCUCAACCCCCACCUGUUAAAACCACUCCAAAGCCUCAGACUUUAGCCAAUUCGCCCGUCUAUAGGAUACCCGGGAAAUUUAGUUUCAAUGGAAAACCUGAAGACGUUUAUAUUUUAAGAGACACCUACAAUUCUAUAUACGGGGAUAUUUUGCAAAACAUUUAUCCUUGACGAUUUUGACUUAUGCAUUUAUUAAUAUUGAUUUGUAAAUUACAUAAUUAUUUCCUAAAUUCAAUAAUCAUGUUCGUUGCUACCAUUGUACUUGUAUAUUAGACCAAAGUGUUUGGAAAAUCACUAUUAUUGCAUUUAUUUAUAUCAUAAUAUAA